AGAGCGCACAGAGCCGAGAGCUCUUCAACUCUUUGUUUCUUUCUGUCACACCGGAGUCUCGUUUAAUUUUCUUCACCACCUGCUUUCUGAAUACAGUCUCCUUGUUUUCUCUGAUUUCUUCACCACCAGCUGCUUGAAUGAGAUGCACCAAGCGUAGUCCUCAUCGUUCUUUAUUAUUAUUAACACCAGGAGAGCAGGCUUGUUUUACACCAUGCAAAAGCCUCACAUCAGCAGCAGCCAGCUGGGCUCUUCAGGUCCUCUGGUGAUUAAAGAGGAAGACAAGGAGCCAAUACUGGGCGCUGAGUACCUGAGCUCCCGCUGUGUCCUCUUCACCUACUUCCAAGGGGACAUCAACGCUGUGGUGGAUGAACACUUCAGCCGAGCGCUCAGCAAUGUGACUGUAUUCCCGGAUUCAACCAACCACAAAGCCAUAAGAGAUGGGUCGUUCCCUAUGAAUCAAAGAAGUUUGCCUUCAUCUUUCUGGAACAGCUCUUACCAGUCAGCAGCUGCCUCCUCCAACCUGUCAGCUCUCCACACAGAGCCUUCUUUCCAUGGAGAUCCAUACUCCUCUGUCUCACUCUACAGCCAUCUUCAGCAACCAUGUCCAGAGACCUGGCAUUCUUCUCACCAUCGCCAUUACUCACUAGGUGCCGUUAUAGGCACCCAGGGCUCCCCCUGCUCAUGUCCAGGAGUGCACGACAUGUAUGGGAAACCAUUUGACCCACACUACAGCUCACUGUUUGUGUCACCAGUGAAACCCCACUACUGUCUAACCUCCAGUAACCCAGUCCUGGGACAUAGUCCAUCAGCCUGUGAUCUGGGCGCGAAAGAGGAGUCAAGGACAGGACUAACAUGGAGCGGGACCUUCACAGAGCAGGACUUGGCAUCGACUCAACAUAGACAGAGGUCUGCAGACACAGGAGAAGAGCAAGGAUCUGUAUUGGUUUCAGUGACUGCUACAUCAGUUCUAAUUUCUUUCCUCCAUCCCUCUUCUGUGGGACUGGUGUAGCUGACUGACAAAAUCUACAGACAGCAUCCGC